AUGGGUCCACUAGCCCGAAGUAGUGCCGAAGUGCUGCGUCGGUGGCCUUCGUUUACCGUAGCCGGACUCCCGUCAUGCGCCUCAGAAGUAGCCGGACUCCCGUACUGCGCCUUAAGAGGCAUGUGCGUAAGUCCCGUAGAAGGCGGCCCCUUCGUUCACCGUAGCCGGACUCCCAGUCGUUGCCGUCGUGUCGUCUCCGCACUGCCUAGCACGAGAUUUUCUCAAAUGAACCGACCGACCGACCAAAGUCGGUGUCCGAACAGCAAAGCGAUGAUGACGAAGCGCGCGUUCUUUCGUUCGCUUUCCGACUGCCGCAAGCGAGCUGAUAGCUUGCUCCGUGCAGGCAUGUGCGUAGAAGGCGGCCCCCCCCCCUUCGUUCACCGUAGCCGGACUCCCGUAAUGCGCCUUAGAAGUUUCUGUAUCGGACAGUAUGAAAUUUUGCAAAAAAGCAAAGGUUGUUACACGAACCGCAUUCGUCUGCUAAAGACUGAAAGAGAGAGCGGCCGGACGUACGGACGGACGGCCCGGUGGCGCGGCGGACAGGAAGUGUCGGCGACGACGACGACGACGACGACGACGACGACACACGUCCGGCUUCACGCUGACAAGGCAUUCGACGAACGGGCAUUAACGAUUCUACAGAGAUUACUUGCCGCUUUCUGGACUUGUUGGGGGUCCGGCUGCGGCGAAACUCCCUAUUCCGGACUUUGCACGUGGUGCUCGCGAACAGUGAGUCCUUCUGACAAACCAGGCGAUCACCGAUCGACACCACCCACCGCACAACGCCGGGAGUACCAGCUUGUCGUCGCUGCUGUUGCUGUCGUCGUCGUCGUCGUCGUCGUCAUCGUCGCCAACACUUCAUCGCCGCCGCGGGCGUCCUCCGUACGUCGUAUCCUGCAGUGCUUUAGCAGACGAAUGCGCCGUCUGGCCUUCGUCGAAAAUAUUUCGCCGAUCGCUGCCGAAGGCGGGCGACGCGCGUCCGGCUUCCCAACAAACGAAGGCCUCGCUGGAACUACGCACCUUCUGGGCGCAUUACGGGGUCCGGCUGAUGAACGAAGAGACCCUUCUAUGCCUCUUGAGCGCAAUGCAGGAGUCCGCUGCGGCGAACCAGGCCUUGACUUCGCACUUGCCCCUUCUGGGGCCCCCGACGGGGUCCGGCGCGGUAAACAAAGGGCCCCGCGCCGGGCAACACCGUUACAAUUUGCCAAAUGGUCCCCCCACCGUCCGGCAGGCACGCAGGGUCCGGCUACGGCAAACGAAGGCAUUCGACGAACGGGAAACGUUCUAGGGACUUCCCCCGGAGCAAAAUCGCUCCUUGGGCAGUCGGAAAAACGAAAAAACGCCUUCGUCAUCAUCGUUUUGUUUUCGACACUUGCGAUGAGGGGCAUCUCUAACUUAAGGGCGGGGGCCGGGCCGGGAACGAAGGGGGCCCCUUACGGACUUUCGCCCUGCCUCUUUAAGGGCAGUACGGGAGUCCCUAUACGGGAAAAGGUUUUUACAAAAACGCAUUACCAUUACCUUCUGAGGCGCAUGAGGGUGGCUACGGGAAAAGAAGGGCCCCCGACGCGCCUUCGGUUUUGGGGGGACCCUCCCCGUCCGGGCCCCAAAAGUCCGGGUACGGCAAACGAAGGAUUGACGAACUUGGGUUUAACGUUCGGGCCCCCCAUUCCCUUUCCCCCGGAUUUUACCCCGGUGCCCGUAAGGGCGCGGGGAGUCCGUGGAAAACGGAAGGCCGUCGGAAUCGACGCUUUGCACGGCAGCAGGAGUCCGGCUUCGCCCCCGUCGUCGUCGCCCCGUCGUCGUCGUCGUCGUCCCCCGCCCUUCCUGUCCCCCGCGCCCCCGGGCCCUCCGCCCGCGGGGGACCCCUCCCUACGGCAGAGGCCCCUUCAAAAACCCCCACCCUUCAACGCAUUACAGUCCGGGGUACGGGAACGAAAAGGGGGCCCCCUUUACUUUCCCAAGGGCGUCGGGAGUCCCGGGUACGGAACGAAGGCCUUUAAAAACUACGCACUUUUCGCACCUUUUUUGGGCGUGACGGGAUCCCGGGUGCGUAACAAGGCCACCGACGCCGGGAACUCUAACAGUUACACCCCCUUUACCCGACUUUUUCGGUCGGUCGGUUAUUUGAAAAACCCGUGCUGGGGCAGGAGAGACACGCGGCAACCCCGGGGACUUGGGGAAACCUUAAGGGCGCAACCCAAAGCCCGGCUACGGGAAGGGGGGCCCCUUUCAGGGGACCGCGCCUCUGGGCAUCGGUCCCAAUGGAAAAAAAAAGGCCCACAAACUCCCCCCGCACUUCCCUUCGGGGCGCGGGGUCCGGCUCGGAACAAACCCAACGCACACUUCCCCCACUUCGGGGCCAGGGGCCCCCUCCCACUUUGGGCCGACCCCGCCCGGCUACGGCAAACAAAGGACCGAAUUUGGGGGAAACGAUUCACGGGUUACAUGCCUUUUGGGGCGCAUUGGGACCCGGCUAGGGGAAAACGACCUCCCCUUUCCCCCUUCCCACGGGACUUUACGCACGUGGUGCCUCGUAAGGGCGCAGGGAGUCCGGCUGGGAAACAAGGCCUCGAACGACGCCCCCCGCACGGCGCAGGAGUACGGCUGUCCCGUCGUUCUUGCUGUCGUCGUCGUCGUCGUCGUCUUUCGUCUCUCGCCCCUUCGCCGGCCACGGGGCCCCUCCGCCGACCCCGGCCGCUCUUUUCCCUUUUGGACAAGGGGGCGGCGCGCGUCCGGCUACGGAAAGAAGGCCUCCUUCUGGAACACAAAAAGGCGCUUAGGGAUGGCUCGGUGAACAAAGGGGGCCGUUUUCCGCCAUGCCCUUGGCGCAGGGGGGAUGGCAGGGAACGAAGGCCCUUCGACAAAACUACCAUUUUACGCCCCUACCGGGCGCCGGGGGGAGCCCGGCUGCGGUAA